GUGAAUGAGUGAGAUACAAAUUAGUCUCAAAGUAGAAAUUCAAGUGAAAACUUUGCCAUUUGUGCGGAGCAAAAAGUCAAAUUGUACAAAAGCAAAUACUAAGAGAACAGAAGGAAAAAAGUUGUCAAGUGUGAUAGACGUAUAGCAGAGAAAAAAAAUAAAAAAACAACAUAAAAACCAAAAUUGUUUCGUCAAGCAAUACAAAUAAUUUUCGUGAAUAAAUCAAUAAAUUUGUGUUAAAGAAUCAAUUUAGAAAAAAUGGCUGAUGCUAACAAGAGGAAUAUCCCCAUCAAAUUGGGCGACUUCAGCAUUAUCGAUACAGAGUUCUCGAGCAUUCGUGAGCGUUUCGAUGCGGAAAUGCGCAAAAUGGAAGAGGAGAUGAACAAGUUCCGGCAUGAAUUGAUGUCGCGCGAGGCAAACUUCUUCGAGUCCAGUUCUACUAAAAAGACUACAACAAAGACCAGCAGCAGCUCACAAAACUCUCUCUCCCGACCAGCACCCAGACAGAACUACAUCUCUGACAUCAGUUCUCCACUUAUUCAGGAGGAUGGCGAUAACAAAAUGUUGAAAUUGCGUUUCGAUGUAAGCCAAUACGCCCCCGAAGAAAUCGUUGUUAAGACUGUGGAUCAGAAAUUGAUGGUGCACGCCAAACAUGAAGAGAAAUCGGACACAAAGAGCGUCUACAGGGAGUACAAUCGUGAGUUCCUCUUACCAAAGGGCGUUAAUCCCGAAUCCAUUCGCUCCUCACUCAGCAAGGAUGGUGUCUUGACAGUCGAAGCGCCACUGCCCGCCAUUACAGCCGGCGAAACUAUGAUUCCCAUUGCACAUAAGUAAAAUUAAUAUAUGUAUGUAACAAAAAAAAAAAAUAACAACAACAACAACAACAAAAUCCCAACAACAACAACAACAGCAACGAAAUUAUUAGCAACAACUAAAAGCUGAAGCAAUGGCAGCAAAUAAUAAUUAAAAUAAAAA